AUGGUCUCAUCAGGAGACCAAACAAAGAAGACACUCGAUGGUGCACUCGACUCAGCACAUGAUCGAGCACUCGAUCGAGUGCCUGAUCGAGUCACUGGUCGAGUUACACCUACCGAGUCUGAUAAACCCACCAAGUACAUUCCUCCAGCAUACAAACCACCUCUGCCAUUCCCAGGAAGUUUCAAGGAAAAGAUGAUUAGGAAGCUCAAGAAAAAGAUUGAGAAGCAGGAACUGAUGGCCAUUCAACAUGAAGUGACUGUUGAGGAGAAGAAAGAGGACAGAGGACCAGCUUUGGGGCAGUAUGAACCAUAUCCUCUCUAUAAGGGCAUGUUACUUAUCAUAUCAAAGCAGAAAACCAAGAAUCAAGCCAAGAAGGAUCUAAAAGACAUGGGAACAGCUGUGAUUCAAACCAAGCUUGAGGAUCCAGGCUCAUUCAACCUACCAUGCUCACUAAACUAUAUGCACUUCAACAAGUGUUUAUGUGACUUUGGAGCUUCUGUGACUGUUAUGCCCUUCUCAAUAGCACAAAAGAUAGGAUAUGAGGAGUUCAAGCCAAGCAACCUCUACAUCAGUCUUGCUGAUGGCUCUAGGAAGGAUGUGAUGGGUAAAUUGGAAAGCUUUACAGUGAAGAUAGGUAAGGCAAGGAUACCAACUGACUUCAUCAUCAUUGAGAUGGAACAGGAGCUUGAUGAUUCUAUUAUCCUUGGAAUACCAUUCUUGGCCACAGCUGGAGCAGUGAUUGAUGUUAGAAAGGGUAUAAUCAGCUUGGACAUUGCUGGUGGGUUGACUAUGAGAACAUCAAGAAUGCAACAAACCAACCCACCAUUGGAGGCCAACCCUUUGUUAUAG